AUCUGAUAAACUCGAUGCUUUUCUAUACCCCUAUGCCAAGUCACUCCACCGAUGUAUGUAAGUUGAUUUCCUUCGCGCAAUUUAUCAAUCGAUCGAUUAUCGGGAGACGAUCCCAUUCUGCAUUGUUGCCCGAGUUUAGAUUUGAUGCACGUCGCGGUGCUCGAUUAAUUCAGACUUGUACGUGUUGAACUCAUCUCUCUUGUAGCGAGAUCGUGACUCGUAUAACUAAAAGAUCACGUACCGUGACUCAAUCGGAUUACUUGCGUUUCUUGUAACAAAAAAAGAAAAGAAAAAAGAAAAUAACAAAAGUGGCUUGCGAUUAUGUGGUUUUGAGAAAUAAAAAGCCGGUAACUAUUCAGUAUAUUGCAUGUAAACAAAUGCAAGAAUUAGAUAAAUUUGAAUAAGUAAAGCGAUGAUGAAACGAGAAAUGAAGAUUCACGCCGGUUUAUUGAGAAUAAAUAAUGAGCGUGUAUAGCGAACCCUUGUAUCAUAAUCUUCUCUCCCGAGAUACAUCAAUAUUGCGAGAAUUAAUCGCUCUGCGAGAAUUAAUCGCUCAGAUAGCUACAACAAAUAACUUAUUUAUAUGUAGCUGCGCUUGUUGAACUUUGCGAGUGGGUCAAGUUCCGAUUAUAUCCGCGGUUAUAAACUGAUGAAGCUAGAAAUUAAUGAGAUAAUUCUACGAAACAGAUAUGCAAUUUAUUUAAUCGUCGGCGAAGAUCGAAUUAGGUUCCUGGAAUACGUUUGAGGAAUAAAAUUGCUUUAUAAUGAAAAGAGAAGAGUUAAACAAGGUAUUUUGCGAUAACUCGGACGUAAUUAGACAUGAAGAGUAAACCCCCCGUAGAGUAAAAGUUAAUGAAUAGUUUGUCUUAACGCGUAUAAUUGGCUAAGAGUUAUGAUUCGAAGAAUUUAAAAUAAAUAGGAGGCAUUUUAAAAAUAUAAUUUAUAUAAUUUAUAUUUAGUGUCUUUAUUUAUAUAAUUUAAUUUAGUGUCUUUACAAUAUCUAAAUUAAGAUAUACGUAAUUUUUCACACAUUACAUAUAAUUAGAAUCAACAUAUGGAGACACUUCCAAUUACAAUUUCUGCUCAAUAUUUAUACCAAUUGCUUUAUCGCGUCUCUCUUCAAAGCGUAAUUGCGCAUAAUAUUCGUUGAUCGUCAUAGCCUCUAUCAUUCAUGACUUGAUUGGUUGAGAAAUUUUCCUCUCAACCGAAAGCUAUAUACUAUACAGGAUGAGUCAUUAAAAAUUGCCAUUCUUGAAUUCUAAGAUAUCUAUCUUAUAGAAAAAUAUUUUAGAUGAAAAUUACUUGAUUUCAAGAGAGACAUUCCUUGAUUAGCUCGAUCUUGAUCCAGAUGAUUUUGAUAUUUUAAAAGAACCUUUGUUUUUUUAACAAAAGUGUAUAUAUUUUAUAUCAAUCGAGAUUCUCCAUUAUUCUACGUAUAUAAGUAUUAAAGUAAAAUAUAUAUAUACGUAUAUUCUACAAUUAAAAAUGAUAAAAUAAAAAUGACGUCAAAACCUAUAAAGCAGCAUCGUAUAAAAUAAAAUCAUGCUGAUAAUGGAAUGUCUUUUAAAAUCAAGCAACUUUAAUCUGAAACAUUAUUCUAUAAAAUACUUAUCUCACGAAUGAUUAGAAAUGCCAAUUUCUAGCAACUCACCCUGUAUAGACAUAUAGUCAACGCGCCCGAGGGAUUCUUGCGAGCCGAUUACGUUUGCCUGUCCUAAAAUAAAAGCAGGAUCCGCUCCGGGACAAACUCGGGAUGAAAUCUACGGAAGGUGAGCCUGCGCGCGCGAGGCGCAGAUUAGGUCUUCGAUAUAUGUACGUACGAUAGGACAGCGCACAGUAGAAGGAGGCGCACAGGUAGAGCCUGGCGUCAACUGCUGGGGUUUGUGGUGGUUGAUAUCGACCCGGGUCGGAGGGUCGUGUGGCGGCCUCAGGAUCGCAGGGCGCACGCCUGGACGUGGCUACUACGGGAAGAAGGAGAGCGCGGCGGCGAAAACGGCGCGACAGACGGAGAUAAAUAUACGGGGGUGAGUGCGGCGCCAGGGAGGGUGGCGAGGAAUAUAUCGGCGACGAUGUAUAUACGCGACCGUGGAGGAGGUAGGCCGUGCAGAAGAGGUAGUAGCUGUCCGCCGGUAGUAGCAACCCGGCUGGCUGGAGCACCCUACACGCGGGUGCGGAUGCUGCGUCCUGAGAGAAGCUCGUCCAGCGCUCGACACGCGCGCGCGCGCGGGUGUACGCGUGUAUGUGUGAGUGCGUGAAUAUUUCGGGUGUACGCGUUCUCAGGAUAACAGCCGCGUCAGCGAGCUCGAGGAUCCUGAACGCGGAUUCCGCGUUCGCGCCUGACUCGCGGGUCGCUUGAGACUUGAAGAUUGACGAAGCAACGAGCGGGAUCACUAGGGGAUCUUGACAAGUUCUCCUGGGUACCACGAGGGUAUGUGUCCACGAGAAAACGGUGGCGAGGUUGAUCGUGCCGUGAUCGGUCGAUCGUCCUUAUAGAGGAGAAAGCGGCGAUCGCGGAGAUGCGGUAGAAUGUGUGAUGGUUGCGUUGCGUAUGUUUUAAUUAACGGAAGACGACGACGACGACGACGACGAUUAUAACAUCGACGCCAUGUCGCAGCGACAGGAAACGACGAACGAGGAAUCCUACCUGAACUGUGGCAGACCGUCGAAUCUGCUUAAGACAAGCUUCAGCAGCGCUCGACUCGAGAAGCUAUAUCGCGCCUCAUCUCUACAGCAGCGUCGCGGCGGCCUCACGUGUUUCCUGAUGUCGGCGAUCCUGUACGGCGUUUACGCGGUGGCAGUGCCGGGUAUCGAGCUGCUGGCGCGUAGCGUCACCGCCGCGUUCCUCAGCCUGAACAUCGGCCUGCUGAUAUGGGCCGAGCACGGCACCAAGGCGAGGAAUUCGCUCUGGUCGGUGGUACCGUGUAUAGUCGGACAGAUGUGGAUCGUCCACCUGCCCGCACAGCUGUUCCUCAAGUCCACCAAGGUCACGCCGAGGGACAGCCUAGGCUGGAUGUUGCUGUUGCUAUACUUGCUGUUCGCCAGCCUGCCGCUCAAGCUCUGCCGUUGCACGUUGCUCGCGCUCAGCAGCGUUCUCAUUUACUUCUUCGCCGUGAUCGGCCUUUCCAGUGCGACAUUGGAGGAUCUCAAGACACAGCCCAUCGACGUUCUGAUCCUGACGGUGACACUCUUUGCCGGCGCCGCUAUUUUGGGUGCUUGCAGCUACUGUCUGGCCGAGUUCCAGCAGCGCCGGGCGUUCCUGGAGACCAGGCAGAGCCUGGAGGUCCAGCUGAUAAUCGAGGAGCAGAGCGCGGAGCAGGAACGGCUGCUGCUGAGCGUUCUGCCGGAGCAUGUCGCGGUCAAGAUGCGACAGGACCUCGGCGCCUCUCUCGACACACAAUUCAAGAAGAUCUACAUGUCCAGGCACGAGAACGUGUCGAUACUUUACGCCGACAUAGUCGGCUUCACCGCGAUCUCGUCGACCUACAGCGCCAGCGAGCUCGUCAAGAUACUCAACGAGCUAUUCGCGCGAUUCGAUCAGCUCAGCGAACGGUAUUUAUUUUUAAAGUUUUCAUUAGAAAUAUAUAUUAGUAAUAGACAAUUUAUGUUUCACGUUAAAUCGAGAAUAUGUCAAAAGCUCGACAGUAGAGGUGGUGUUACCGACCUGAAAGGUCACGUCUCCUGGUUGACCCUACGGUUCAAGGAUCCGGGAGUGGAGACGGCGUUUCACGAAACAUUGGAGACCUUCUCGCCUUUGUCACUCCUCGGCGGGCCUUUGGUGACGAUGUGCGCGGCCCCGGCCUGGAGACUGCAACCCUGGGGACCGUUCACGUGGGGUGGUGCCGGAGUGGUCGCCCUCUUCGGGAUCGUGCUAGCCGGGGCCACUUGUCUUAGCAGCGCCGUCAGGGCAACGUGGCUCAGAAGCACUCUCACGCUCCUAAUGACUUUUUCUCUUAUAAUUUUUCUGCUAUUGGACAUGACCAAUUGUGCGAUCAUCGAUGAGGCCGAGCCGCCAAAGAACAUCUCGCUAAUUGUAAGCUGGCGGUCCCCGCGAUGUCCAUAUCCUUCGUAUUACUCGUACAUCGGCGUCCUCGCACUGAUCGCCAUCUCGAUGCCAACGUACUUAUGUUACUUGACCAAGGCGUGCCUGAUGUAUUUUCUUGCCGGCGCGCAGUCCUGCAUCAACAUUCUGUUCCUUGCGUCGAGCCUCGACAGGGAGGACAUGGAGGAUAUGUCUGGACGAUGGGUGCCCUUCCCGCUGAAAUAUUCAUUGGCGACCACCCUGUUUAUCGUCGCGACCGCGCUGAUCAUCGUGGCGAGAUACGCUGAGAAGGCGCGAAGAAUUCUAUAUGUGCGGGGACGAGAAGUGAUAGCACAAAGAGAACGAGCGGCGGACAUGAAGCGGAGAAACGGCGCGCUAAUAUACAACAUCCUGCCGCCUCAUGUGGCCGCCUAUUUCCUGUCGCACGCGAGACACUACGACGAUCUCUACAGUCAGAGUUAUGCCGAGGUGGGCGUGCUAUUUGCCAGCAUGCCGAAUUUCGCCGACUUCUACAGCGAGGAGAGCAUCAACAAUCAAGGCCUUGAGUGCCUCAGGUUUCUAAACGAGGUCAUCUCCGAUUUUGACGCUAUUCUUGAUCAGAAUAAGUUCAAGAACAUCAUCAAGAUCAAGACGAUAGGCUCGACCUACAUGGCCGCCUCGGGGAUAACCGAUGCAAUCGGUUCGACGCAAUCGGAAAACGGUCCCCGGUGGGAUCAUCUCGUCACCCUCGUAGAUUUCGCCCUGGAGCUUAAAAAGGCUCUGUCAAGUAUUAACGAGCAGAGCUUCAAUCAUUUUGUUCUGAAAAUGGGGAUCAAUCACGGGCCGGUAACCGCCGGUGUCAUCGGGGCGCGAAAGCCACACUACGACAUUUGGGGCAACACCGUCAAUGUCGCGUCGAGGAUGGAGAGCACAGGGAAGGUCGGCUGUAUUCAGGUUACUGACGAGACGCGGAAGAUACUGGAGCCGUACGGUUUCGGAUUCGAGCAGCGAGGCCUCGUGUUCGUCAAGGGCAAGGGACAGCUCUUGACGCACUACCUCGUCUCCAAGGACGGCGUCUUUCUAGAUCUGGACAGCGAUCUACCCGUUGAACCCACUCAUCCGAUAAUCUAUCAAUAAAUGUAAUGAAGGCUCUAACUCAAAUUCAAAAAAAUCGUUGCAAAUCUCCACGGGAAACGAUUGAAAAGAAGUCCCAUUACAGGGGACUUAAGCUUUCUUCGAAAUGUAACAGAAAUUGGAUGUUUGUAAGAAAAAUUUAAUGUCCAAUCUGACAUUCGUUCGCGAAGCGACGAGUGAAAAGAGAGACGAGUUGUAACUUAGACGACAUUUCUAUACGUCGAACGAAAUUUUCUUGAAGGACGUUCGGCGAGCUAAAUGUAUUGUCGUAGAGAACUCUCUAAAUGUUAGCAUCCUCGUGUCUCUCAGAUGAAAGAGAUUGCACACGGAAGGAAGGACGAAAAGGACCGGAUCGGGUAGGAUCGAUGCCUAGAUCGUUUACAGCUGUUCUCGAGUGUCAUCGUACGUCACCAUAUCAUCCAUCGAUUAACGUGAAGGGAGAGGAUAUAGUUGCGUUGAUUACUCGUUAUCACAAUGUUUGCACGCACGCGUACAAGCGGGAAUCAUGCGUACAUGCGUACGUUUCGCGAAUGGCGAGAGUGUAUGAAAUUCGCGUACAGGGUAUAUUUGAAAAAAAAAAUCGAAGAAUAAUAGGGAUUCUAGAGACAUACUACAGACCGAACAAAACGAUAUUUUGAUGUGUCGCCGUGUAAAUAGCAACAGAUCCGUAGGUGAGGAAACACAAAUGUAAUAUUGUUAACAGAUGUAAUAUAAUAGCAGAUGGAUGUGUUUGUCGGAUGGAGCAUCGAGAAUCAGGAUAACGUAGAAAACUAAUCAUUUCGUGUGUGGUAAAUCUCGCAGACCUAACUUCUUUCUCCAAAUUAUACUGACAAAAAAGAAAAAAAACUUGCGCGGAUUCACGAUAUUAGGAUUUUCAUUAAUCUAGGAUCUUUAUUAGUACAGGUAAUAAUUAAAAAAUUCGAAAAGAAAAAGAGAGGAAGAGAAUCUUGGGAAAAAGAUAGAGAUAUUAGCAAAACGUGGUUUCACACUUUUGGUUAUCGUCGACAUAACGGCAUAAUUUUAUCGUUUAUCCGAUGAUUCGAAAUCAAAGUGUCAUAGCGGAACGUCGGUUUACAAAAAACUAUAUAUUCACCUUCCGGAUACACGUCAUUCGUAGAGCGCACAGCCGAGAGAUAUAUCAGAGACAGUAAAUAUAUAACUUAAUAAAGGGAAAAAAUAAAAGCAACAAACACUUACACACCCUAGGGAAUAGAAACGUGUGCCGCAUAAAAAAAAGAAGAGGAAGAAGAAAGUAAACAAAAAAAAAAA